AAAUUAAUAAUAAAUAUUAUAGUAGAUAGCAAUUUUAAAGUUUUUACAUAAGUAAUAAAUCAUUCGUAUUUGAUAGUAAGUACGGUAUUAUACUAUUAUAGACCUAUAAACUAAGUUUAUCUUAGUUCAUGGUCCAUAAUUAAUUGAUCAUAGAUCUUGACAUGGUCCAAAGGUAUUAUAAUAUUAUUUAAUAUUUAUAACUGUAUCCGAUUUGUUUAUUUGGUUAUGAUAAUUGAUAAUGUGAUUACCUAUAUAAUAUAUUAUUAAUUAUUAAUUGAAAUUAGGUGUGUAAUUUAAAUUUGGCAAUAUUUAUUACUAUAGUAAAUAUCCAAUAAACGUAUGAGUACCUAGGUACUAUUUAAAGCCAAAAUGAAUAUAUCAACUGAAAUUGAACUUGGACUGAAACGUUUGUGUAACCCAGCACUGAUAAACGACAAAUGUUUCCAAACAUUACUACAAAAGGCUGAAAAGAUACUGGGAACAUUGUUAGAUGAUACUUCGGAACAGACAUUUGACAAUGAUUCUACUGUAUGCAUAACGUCUAAACAAGAUAUUGCCAAAGAAGCAUAUGCUUCAUUGAUAACUCUAUUUAUAAUUGCUAAUCGACAUUGCCUAGACGGAAAGUCAUUGAAUCAAAACCUACAAACAAUAGUUUUGGCUAACACUGAUCGUUUAUCAGAGAUCAUUAAAACCUAUGAAUCUGUUAGACCACGUCUUUUAGAAGUUUCAAAGAUUACCACUACAUCUUUGGCUAAUGUGGUUGAUGUUGAAUGCCGCCUCGAUUACUGUGUACAAUCUAGUGUUUUUGAUGACGUAUCAGAAUUCUUAUACAAAGUGCGGCUGAAGACAAUAGACAAUGGUACAAUAAAAUUCAUUGACUUCGUCUGCAAUAUACAGGAACUUCAAGAACUAGUAUUUAAGCUGAAGGACGCAGUUCGGCAUUUAGAAAAAAUUGCUUCAGCCAGUUAAGAUUCACAAAAUAUUAUGUUAUCAAUUCCAAUCAAUAGUCUAUGAAAUUGCUCAAUCCUAAUUAUUCUUAUUGAGUACAUAAUAUAUUUUACGAAAUGUCA